UUUGUUCAGAUCAUGAAUGAGCUGAGUUCUAAUGGUGUCCAGAUAUACAGCUUCCCUGUAGAUGAUGAGACAGUAGCAGAGGCAAACAAAGUCAUGAAUGGUCAUGUCCCAUUUGCUGUGGUAGGAAGCAGUGAUGAGGUCAAAAUAGGUAACAAGAUGGUCAAGGCCAGGCAGUACCCAUGGGGAACAGUUCAAGUUGAGAAUGAAAACCACUGUGACUUUGUAAAGCUGAGGGAGAUGUUGAUCCGCACUAACAUGGAGGACAUGAGAGAAACCACACACAGCAAACACUAUGAACUCUUCCGCAAGAACAAACUGCAGGAAAUGGGAUUCUCAGAGAACGAAUCCAAAAGUUUAUCAGAGACGUAUGAGUUGAAGAGACAGCAACACUUGGCAGAUUUACAGAGGAAGGAGGAUGAAAUGAGGCAGACAUUUGUCAUACGAGUCAAAGAGAAGGAAGCCCAACUUAAAGAAACAGAGAAAGAGUUACAUGACAGAUUUGAUGCAUUGAAGAAAAAACACGCUGAUGAGAAAAAGAAAAUUGAGGACAACAAGACGCGUUAUGAGAGUGAAAUGGCAGCAUUUCAGCAGCGUAAAGCUCAGCACCAAGCUCAGAUGUCGACGCUCGGCAAGAAGGGGAAGGAAUGGAACUUGAUACUACAUGCCUAAACCAUCCUGGUGUUGUGCAGUUCUGCAUCAAUUUAAAUUUUCUCCACUUAAAAGCAGUUUCUUUUGUUUAUUUUUGAAUCUCCAUCUUGAUUUUAUUUAUUCCUCAUUUUCCCUUAGAAGGGACCAAUUAUGUUUAAGGUAAUUGCACCAGUAUUAAUAGGUAAAAAUUGCCCAAUAACAUUUCAACAGGGGCCUCCAUUUUAAUUUUCUACUUUCUCAUGAUGUUUUUCAUUUUACAUGGAUUGUAAAAAACUGAACAGUAUACCAUAUUUCUUGAUCAAAUCAAGAGUUAUGAAAUAAACUUUUUAAUUUAAAUGCACAAAUAAAUCAUACAAAAUUAUGUUAUUGAUUUGAAAUUGCCUAGAAAUUGACUAGAGAUUGAUUGAAUAGCCUUUAUGUUUCAUGUUGUUGGUUGUACUUAGUAAGUGUAUUUACUAGAGUUUAUGUAACUAUAGUGUUCAGUAAAAAUGCAUGUUUCAUUUCAGCCACUGCCAAAUCAAUACCAAAUAUCAAUCUCCCGUAACUCAUUAUAUGAAUAUCACAUGUAUUUAUGGAUAUGUAAUGACAGUUUUUGUUAUUUGUAUACUUUUAUAUGCUUGCCUUAAUGCCUGUAUUGGAGUAACUGACUACUUAAUUUUCAUCAUUGUUUUCUAAUUAAGUGCUCUUAUUUUACGCCUUUUUUAUUGAUAAUUUUUUCUAGUAUUGAGUUACCACUUUGUUUUUUGCACAGAAAUAUGAAUUGAAUCAAAUAGAAAUCCUUCAAAAAUUGUCUAGUCAGCAAGAUUGGGAAUAAAUGAUGAAAGAAAAA